CACCAACACCCAGGCACCCAAACAGACAUUCAUCACCACUCACGUCGUGCGUUGGUUGCGCGCUGCCCGCUCUGAUCACGGCUUGAGGUUCUCGAAUAUAGCCAACAAUGACCCGCCACACCCCCGAUCUCCUGCGGGCGCGCAGCUCCAACCUGACGCUGCGCUCGCUGGCCAUGGAGCAGCAGCCCGUCGCCGACCACGGCCGCGACCGCAUUGUCGAUGACAGGGUCGAUGCCAAGGAUCUACGGCCCGAGGCCUUCACAAAGCCAUACUGCGACUUCAUGACCGAGAACCCGACCGUGUUCCAUGUCGUCGACUACUUCAAGCAGAAGCUGCUCAAGGUCGGCUACACGGAGCUCUCGAGCCGCGACAGCUGGGUCGGUAAGCUUGAGCCCGGCGGAAAGUACUUCACCACGCGCAAUGGCAGCUCCAUCAUCGCCUUUGCCGUCGGUAAGGCCUACAAGCCCGGGAACGGCAUCGCCAUGAUCGCCGGCCAUAUCGACGCGCUUACGGCUCGUCUUAAGCCCACGAGCACGAAACCAAAUAGGGACGGCUACGUCCAGCUCGGCGUUGCGCAGUACGCCGGCGCGCUGAACGAGACGUGGUGGGAUCGGGACCUCAGCAUUGGCGGCCGUGUCAUCGUCCGGGACCCUGAGACGGGCAAGACCACGGUGAAGCUCGUCAAGCUGGAUUGGCCAAUUGCCCGCAUCCCCACCCUGGCGCCUCACUUCGGCAUCGGCAUGACAGGCCGCAACAACCGCGAGACCGAGAUGGUGCCCAUCAUCGGUCUUGACAACAGCGACCUGUCCUCUGCCACGGAGCCCGAGGCGCCCCUCGGCGGCCAGGGCUCGUUCGCCUCUACCCAACCGCCCAAGCUGGUCAAGCUCAUCGCGAAGCAGCUCGGCAUCUCUGACUACAGCACCAUCCUCAACUGGGAACUCGAGCUCUUCGACCUGCAGCCCGCCACCGUCGGCGGCCUCGACAAGGAGCUCAUCUUCGCCUGCCGCAUCGACGACAAGCUCUGCUCCUGGGCCGCCUUCAUGGCGCUCCUGCACGCGAAGUCGGACCCGUCUGACGGCGUCAUCAAGCUCGUCGCGCUCUUCGACGACGAAGAGAUCGGCUCGCUCCUCCGCCAAGGCGCUCGCGGCAACUUCCUCCCGUUGACCGUCGAGCGCGCCGUCGAGAGCCUCACCGCGCACGCCAACAGCAGCCGCAGCACCAACAGCAAACCGACGGUCUUCGGCCCGGGCCUGCUCGGCCAGACGUACGCGUCCUCCUUCCUCGUCUCGUCGGACGUGACCCACGCGGCGCACCCCAACUUCCCGCAGACCAACCUCGCCGGCCACUCGCCGCGGCUCAACGUGGGCGUCGCGCUGUGCGUCGACGCGUCGGCCCACAUGACCACCGACAGCGUGUCCAUGGCCAUCCUCGACCGCGUCGCCGCGCUCGCCGGCUGCGUCAACCAGCGCCACAUGGUCCGCAACGACUCGCGCUCCGGCGGCACCGUCGGCCCCAUGCUGAGCGCCGCCAUGGGCGUCAAGGCCGCCGACGUCGGCAUCCCCCAGCUGAGCAUGCACAGCAUCCGCGCGACCACGGGCAGCUUGGACCCGGGGCUGGGCGUGAAGUUCUACAAGGGCUUCUUGGACCACUGGGAGGCCGUCGAUCGGGAGUGGCGGGCUUAGAGCUCGGUGCGUGCGGUGUGGGGUGGGUGGUCUGAGCGGAAUGCAUUCCGGCGUAGCAUACAUAGUAGGCGGUUGGUAGAUAGUCUGGCCUCGUCUGUACAAAGUGUAGACUGGUACACUGUGUGAACGGGGAGGGAGUAUAUACGUAUAAUUCUGUUCUAGACGU